UGGGCUGAGGGCAACACGGCCGCGCGUACCACCCUCGCGAACAAUCCAGAUCCCCGGGAGACGUUCUAAAGAUAGAAAACACAGAGAGAGAGACAGGGACCCGAGUCGAUCGCGUCCGAAAAUCCUGGCUGGUCCACGGGAACGGUCGUGGUCGCGGAUGAACGGUCUGUACGAAGCGGAUCGUGGCGAAUCGCGGGACAGUAGUUACGUGAAAACACGCGGAGGAUCGUCGUCGAGCGAGCGGAUGUGCCUGUCCGAGGAUAUGUGCGCGCCAACGACGGUGUCCUCGGCCGUUUUCCUUGGUCCGAGAUGAUGAGCGAGGACCACGGUGCUGCUAGCUCCUCGAUAGCUGGGAUCUGGGAACAGGGAAACGUGGCCGGAGUUUGUUAAUCGUGUGCGGAUCGAUUUAUUAGGCGAUUCGCGACCAGUCAACAGAAAUCGCGGCUUGAUGCACCAGUAGAAAUCAUCAGCAUCGCUUCAUCGCUGGAAAGGUCGGGUCGAGGAAGCGCACGAAGAAGUCGAUGGACCUGCGAUACGUCUGAUCAGCAAGCCGAGGCCCGGCGGACAUGGCUCGCAGAAAUUCACCGUAUCUCGAAUCCUCCGAAAUAAAGUAAAUGAUCGAGGGACAAGGGAACGCCGGAAAAUGGGCGAGCCGGAAGUUUUUGUGUGAACGCGGAAGCUUCGGCGAUCACGGGACUAAAUUACCGAUGAUUUAACGCUAUCGGACAUCGUAAUGGCAACCGUGACUGUUGCAGAUUAGCGAUUAAAGACAAUUACCAUUUCGAAAGAAAAUUUCCUAGGAGAAUUUCGAAGGAAUAUUUCGAGGGAACGUUUCGCGAAAAGGUUUGAAUAUUAGUGGCCCGGUGGUUCCGUUGGUUCGGCAGUGAUCGUGCGCAGCCAUUGCUUGAUUAAACUCGGCCGGGCGUUUUUCGAUCGAAUUGGUUCCCGUCAGGUGACGAUUUAUCUUUGAUGCGCGUCGCGGAGAUUAAUGAGGCUCAAUUGGGGAGACGGGGUUUGGAUUAGGUCCGGAAAGCGUGGUAAUUGCUCGGCUCCACGGGGAGCCGUGGUGAGUGUGCCGGCGGUUCUUUAUUUUCGCGAACGAAAGGAUCGAGCUGCUGCGACAUGGGCUGCGAGCUUAGCAAAUUGGCGACCGCGAAGUCGCAGAACCAAACUCCCACGGAUCCACGGCUUCCGCUCACAGCGAAACAGAAAUUUACGGUUAUGGCCAGCUGGAAAGCCGUAUCCAGGGCACUGGAGCAGACUGGUGUCUACAUGCUCAUAAGGUUGUUCGAGGAGAACGAGGAGUUGUUAAAUAUGUUCACGCAAUUUCGCGAAUUGAAGACGAAAGAGCAGCAAACUAACAGCAUGGAAUUGGCGCAGCACGCGGAGAAAGUGAUGUCGGCCCUCGACGAAGGAAUCAAAGGGCUCGACGACAUCGACACUUUCUUGACCUGUCUUCAGCAAGUCGGAGCCACGCACACGAAAAUUCCUGGCUUCAAUCCGCAGUAUUUUUGGAAAAUCGAGAAGCCGUUCCUGGAAGCCGUGGAGCGGACGCUGGAGGAUCGAUACUCAGAGAACGUGGAGAACAUCUACAAACUAACAAUCAAAUUCAUAAUCGAGACUCUGAUUGACGGUUUCAACAAGGCCCAGAAGGACAAAGCACAAACCGACAGCACGAAAUCCUAGUCGUCUCGGUCAUAAGGAACCAAAUACCACAAACUUUUAACGAUCGAUCGAGACGAAUCCUGAUCGCCCAGCCGUUCGGGGGUUCCGUUCUCGAUUGGGAAGCAAUCAAUCCCACGGGAACGACUCGAUCGUUCGAUCGCGCGAGAUCGUUCAUUCAUGGAAAAGAAAAUGGAAAACGUAUCCUCGUUUCUGUGCAAACGGAACGACAUAACAGAUCAAGAGACAGACGAAUUAUAUAAUGUAUUCACGUCGAAUAACGUUCUUUUUUACAGAGGUUCGGAACGACGCGUCGUCGGUGGUUAGAUUUGAGAUGAUUUCCCCUUCGAGCGGGUCUCGGUUGCAUGAAAUCAUGCAGGGGAAAUGACGAUGACGAGGCAAGUCGUGAAACUCUGUUGACGGUCAAAGACGAUUGAUAGCGCGGCCAUCCGAGUACAGUAUUCCUUAGAAAAAUCUCUAAUCAUUCCGUCCGGAUCUGUCGACGAUUUUGGGGACGGGCAACAAUUUCAGAUCAAAAGAGAACUUUUUUAUAGCGAUCCUGACCCCAUUACGAUAGGAUACCAAGAGACGAUGGACACGUCGGUCAGUUCCUGAAAGCGAUGCGAAUCGACGUAUCCGGCUGCUUUCGAUCGUUCGCGAUUAUAUUUCGCUAGGUAGUACACUCGCGAGUAAACUGAAAUUUUCCUGGUGAAAACGAUGCUAACAGCGAUACUAUUUGGAUAAUUUUAAGUCGUUGCUGCAACGUAUACUUUGUUAAUAAUCCUCUAUAAGACGGUGUAACUUUAACGUCACGCGUUUGUUAUUCGAAUCGUUCGAGUCUUGUUAUAUUUUAUCGUUACGAUUUAAGAUAAUAUUUUAUUGCGAUUUUACAGUUUCAUCGAUUAUAAUCGUAUCGUAUAUUUUUCUAAUCCUUGUUUUAUUUAGGUUUGACAAACAUGGGUUGCUGUGGGUUAAGGACGCAGUUUCUAAAUCGGUGUCCUCAGUGCAAUAUUUGCGAAUUAAUUUUAAAUAAACGGCAGAACCUAGUGUGGUAAAAUUUUACACAUGUAUUCGUACAUGCUUUAGGUAAUGACGAACAUUUUUAUAAACUGUUUUAUUGAAUAUUGUGUGCGUUAUUAUAUGAUUACAACGGACUUAAUCAAAGCGCUCAAUUGAAAGUUCUUCUGUGACAUUAGCUGCACGCUUAUUAAUAACUUCCACAAUAUUUAAUAAAAUAUCUUAUAAAAAUUUGAGCUGUUAUUUCGAACAUGCAUAAAAACACAUACUGAAUUUCAACUUAUCAGGUGUUAUCAUUUUACUGGUAUAGUGGCUACUAUGUACAAAGUUAAAUGGAUCUUAGUUUUAUGAAAUUUUUAGAAUAUCAUUUAAAUAAAACAAUUUACCAUUGAUUUAUAUACACGUCUGUUAUUAAUGCAUUCACUGUUAAUAUAGAGUUAUAUUAGGUUGGUCAAAUGAUCCUAAAAAAUAUUAUUUCUCUUUAAUAUCUGCGUUCUGUUCGCGUUUCAGUAUUGAUAAUUUUCAUGAAACUGAACGAGAAUAUUUUCUCGCCGACCCAAAUGCUUGGAAAUAUGUUAUAUUGAUUUCAUUUUGAAAUCUCCGACACUGUAUCCAAGGGUAGCGAAAGAGUGUAGGUAGGAGGAUAAUAUAAAUUCGAGAUUUUCGAAGGCAGAAAGUUAGAGAUUUUUUAGAGAAUACUGUAUGUUCAUCGAUGAACUUCUUUGUAAACUAACGUCUAUCGAUCAUCAUGAUCUUGCAUCACGUUCCAAAUAUUUUUCACCGAACGAGAAAUGUUUAUCACAGAUAUAGGGUGACGAUUUAACACUUAAUUUGCUGUUUCCUUUACCGUAAUACCGACCGUGAUGUCCAAACAAUAUAAUCGCAAUGUGUGGAUACUGUGAAAUUGUUUCAAACAACUGCCAAUAAUUAUUUACUGUAAUUAUUACGAUACUUUUCCUCGAACGUUGUUUAUAUUUCACGUCGAUCAUUCGCACCGUGACCGCUGUCAAAUGUGUAAGAUAAGUAAGAGAAAAUUAACCAAAGUUUUCGUUAGCUGUAGUCGUAAACGUAAGCUAUGUGAAUCUAGUUUGUAACGAGAGAAAAACUACAGAAAUUACAGGCUUUUGUUACCUUACGAUAACAAAGUACACUUGGAAAUCAGGGAUGUAACGAUUGACAGAAUUUUGCUAAGUUUCUCUAAUAAAAACUGUACACACAAAUAGCCUUUCAAGAACUACUUGCUGUUUUUCAGUUUACCAUUCUCAAAUACUAUCUAAAUCACUUGCACACAUAAACGUAAUUUCAACCGUUCGAAUACACCACACAAAUUGCACUCCCCCGUAAGAGCCAUGGAGCUAAUCUUUCUCAUUGCACAUUUUAGACAGAUCGAAAGUUCCUACACAGUACGAUACGUUGAUAAAAAGUGUUGUUCACACCGCGCGAAUGUUCCCCUCCAUACCAAGCUACUUUCAUACUAACUUUUUACAUUUUACGGUUUACGAGACAUUCCAGGGUUUCCAGUUGGCGAAUUUUCGCCCAGAAAAAUCUGCGGCGCAAGUGUAGCAUGUAUCUGCCACGACCAUACUCACACUCGACGUUAAUUCGUGUGUCACGGGGUGUUUUAAAGUCGCUCCUCCGUUGCAAGGGUGCGAUAUUGGAAAGUGCCGCGGCAACCGGCAAAGAAAUCGAUAACCUGUAUUCUCACAAAGUAUAGAACCCAUUAGGCCGGUUACAAGCGCGGCAGGAUGCAACGGCAUGCGAGGAAGAUUAUUAAUGAGGAACACCUUGUUUUCUAUGGCGAACGAUCAUCGUUUCGCUGGGAGCGAAUUUUAGUCGAAAACCGACCAAUUAAGAAUGAUGGAAAGCCGGGAUUCGAAAUACAUACUGUUUUGUGUAUACAAAAUGAGCUUCGAUCAUUCUUGGAGAUAUAGGGGGACGGUCUCUUUCGAACCCGUUUCUUUCACCGUUGAUUUGGAUGUGUUAAGUUCUCGCAUCGAACCAAAAGAUGUAUCAAAGCGCUCAAAAGACAGAAUAAAAUACAUGAAAUAAUAAUCAACUGAUAAGGACUUCAUGACAUUGCCGCAGAAGAAGAAUGUGACAAGGAUUGGGAAUGAGGUUAAGCAAAAGAGAAGCGACAGAAGUAACAUAAAUGAAGAAAUACAGUAGUAAAGAAGAGGAUGAGUUAUAUAAAGCAGAGAAGAAAGGAAAGAAAUAAAGACGAGAGAGUUAUAUAAAAAAAAGGGAGAAUAAAUAUAUUAAAGAUACAAAUAGUUCUGCGUGGAGAAUAGCUGUUGCAUCAUUCGAGUAAACAAUCAUGUUUAGAGGGUCUGUUGAAGGGAAGAGAAAGGAUGGAAAAUAAAAAGUAGAAGAGGAAGAGUGGAGAAAGAGAAGAAAUAGCUUAAGUUUAGGAAUAAGUAUGCUAACGUGAAGUAAAAAAAGAACAAAUGUAUAUACUAUACCAUUGGGUGCUGUAAAUAGAAAUGUAUGCGAGCAGUAUGCAAUAAACGAGUGAAGUGCAAUAUAGUUAAAAUGAAUUAUUGUAAUCCAGUAAGAAAAUAAUAAAGUGUUGUUGCUUUCUUUUUAUUAUUGCUAUUCUUAAUAAAUAUUGUCGUGUGGAUUUCGGCGAGUGAAUAAUGCCGCGAACUUGUGAGCAAAUUGUUUGAUUAUCGAUCAUUUUUACCGAGAUCAUCUGUCGUUGAACACUCUGUACACACCUAAGGAAAUGUCAAUUUCUCUUUUGGUUGAACUGCAACAAUUCAGAGCAAAGUUUUGUAAUAAAAACUGUCAGAUUUUCCGGAAUAUUAUUUUUGCAAGAUCUCCGAGCACCAAGUGAUAAACGCAUCGCGUUCGCAGGGAUCAUUAAGCGAUACAUUUCGAUCGACAUUUGUAUAGUGUAUAAUCAAAAUGGUGUUAGGAAUGCACGUCGUCUUUGACCGUCAGGAGAUGAUAAUAUAGAUUUUUACUCGUAACUAAGAAAGAAAAUAUGCGAUCGUUAGGGUGUAUCCCCUUGCGCAAUGUCAAUUUCCUAGGCGGUUCUUACAAUGUAGAACCCCUUUGUUUCUGUAUCUUCCUCGACGUAUGUAUCUAGUAGAUACUAUCUACCUUUGUUUCUCCCUGAGGUAAUCUUAAUUAGUUCGCUCGUCGAGACGAGGAUAUCGAAUCGCUGUCGUUCGAAGACGAAAACUGCGAGCGCUGCCUGCAGACGAUCAUAAUGGACUUAUAGGAUCACGUGUUCACACCUGCAAAAUGCAAAUUGAACAACUAAUUAUCCUUGCGUAUCAUUUCGUACGCGUUACUGCAGAUCACAACGGACAUACGUUACGAUACUGUUUGUUAAACGAUUGUUUGAGGUGUCUCUAAUUGAUGUAGAUCGGAACCCUUUCUUAAUAGAUCUUAAUUUAGAAGAAGUAUCUUCAAUAAUGGGAAUGUUGUAACUAGACUGCUUACUUUUAUGCAAAAUAAAAAUUUUCUUCGCUACACAAAAUACAAGACAGAUUGACAAUGUAUUUCUUUUUUCAUUUAAUAAUUUCAGUAAGUUGAGAAUGAUGAAUUCUUGUAAUAUCUUUAUAGUUUUGUAUUUCAACUGCUUAUGUCUCUCGUAAACGCAUAAAAUUCGCAGUCUAAUUGUAACUAUUUGAAAUUCGAAUGCAUUGUGUUCAUUUUCUCUAUUAACACGUGUAAGUACGUAAUUUUUGCCUAGUUUCCGAAACUCACGUUUAUUGUAAUAUAUUUGAAGAAACUGAACGUUGCUAGACUGUUUAUAAUGCGAAGCAGUUAAAAUACCAUCGUCUACGAUAAAUGUUAACUUUCUAGUUUCAGUGUCGUUUGUUAAAUUAUUUUACUGUAUUGUGCAUGAUUUUCGUUCAUGAUUUUUCAUUUAACGCGUUAAUCAAAACAUAUAUAGCAUCGUCACAAAUAUUGGAACAUCUUCGCCAAACUAUACUAACUAUAGUACCAAUGAAUCAGACAGGCCUACUUCUCCAAUUAAAAGUGUAAGGACGCUAUUAUAACGCACGAUAAGAUUCGCUGUGAGACGAAAGCUGUUCAUCCUCGAUCAACGAGCAGAUAACGUCGAGAACAUUUACCUCAGAGGGAAAGUACGUGUUCAAUAAUAAGAGGGAAAAUGAAUAUGUAUCUGUCGCAUUAUACACGAUCGUCAAACAUGUAGACCAUUUAUAGUUAGCAUAGCGAUUGACAAAUGGGAAAAUGGUCGACGAAGCAUCUAGAGGAAAUCUCUCAUAUUUUUAAUAUGAUCGCGUUUGUAUGAAGCUCGCCAAAGCUCCUAGACAUCAAAGAUCGACCGUAGACGAUUAACGACGAAUUUAGAAUCGUGUACAAUGUGAACAGACUCUUCUUAACCAGAAGUAAGAAACGAUCGACAAAGUUAGGUAAAACUACAGCGCCUUCGCAGUUCGGUUGAAUUGAGAAAUACUUCAGUAAUUGGAUGUUAACUGUGCCCGUCAAGAUGCGAAUGCAAUAGGCAGAAACAUAAAAGACACAGAAGUAAAGUAAUCGAAACUUUAUUUGAUUUGAUUUUACCUGAACGCGAACAUCAAUACACACCAAAAAAACGUAUACGUGACGAAUUGAAAACUUCCACAUUUUUUUGAAGCCAGUUAAAAAGCAAAUAUGUUUCGCAUAUGUUCCUGUAAAGUAUAAUUAAAAUAGCAAUACUUUGAAGCGUUAUAAAAAUGUUGAUGUAAUUUGUACCUAUUAAGAAAAUAGUAGAUAUUGAGUUAGCCAAUAAAUAAUACCGGAUUUUUCCAUAAGAGAUUGUUCCUGCCGUUGUUCAAACAAAGGGCUAUCCUUAUAAGUAUAGUCUAAGAAGUGAGAAUUUUGUGUGUAAUUUAAUAAAAAUUAAUUGUAUUUGCUGAAAUUUUUCAAAUACUUCUAUUGAUUUGAAGAUCAUGUAUUUUAUGUAUUCUUAUGGAAUCGGGCUCUGGGUUUUGGUGGAACUGUCGAGAUCGGUGACAAUCGAAUCUUCGAUCAAAUUGAAACUAAUGUAUUUCUGUUGCAUACGAGACAUUCAUUUAUUGCCGAAAAUUCCGACAUUACUUUUUGGCGAACCCAAUAAAGCCAUAAAAGGCAGAAAAGCAAAGAGAGCUCGAAGCUUUGUAUAAUUUUAUUUCAUCUAAAAGAGAAGAAACAGUGGAGCUGUUUGAAAAGGAAAUAUGUUUUGUAUGAAUUGUUUUUGAUAAUGUUCCUUUAAGAUGCAAUUGAGAAAGCAACACUGUAUUAUCGGAAUUUCGAUUGAAUAACGAAUCACGAUGGCGCUGCGAUAAAUGUUGCAUGAACUGGGUAUUAACAGAACUUGUAUGAAAAUCGUUGUUAUACAGAACGACCGCGGAUUUUUACAAGAUUUCGAGAGAAAGUCCGCGAGAACUGCGAAACCGUAUAUAUGGCACAUUGGAUGUGUAUGGUAAGGAACCAUUUGCUCGACACACCGUAGUUGGAAAAACCUUCUCGGAAACGUUUUUCUUCCGAACUAAACACCUCCCUCCUAAAUCGCUAUGAAAUUUUUAUACAUUAAUACUCCUCCAUGGCGUCGCGAAGUUGAAAUUAUGUACAUCUGAAGGAUGAUCGAGUGCCUACAGCAUUUUCAAUUCACGUUUGAUUUUGGAAGACUCUUGUUGAACUCCUUCAUAGAUCGUUUACUUCGUGCACGAAUUUACAGAGUAAAAGAAUUCUUACCGUAACCGUCUCGUGUGAGACAGACCUUAGUCACAAAAGAGAAGAACAAAAAAACACAAAACGAUAAAGAAGAAGACGAAGAAAAAGGAAAAAAAGAGUUUCGUAUAAGAGAAAACAAAAUGCACAAAAAACGUGUCGUACCUUCCUUUUCGUGCAAAAAAAGAUAACUAUUUAAUCGAAAGUUUCCACCAGAAAAACACAAAAAGCACACGAGAAAUCUAUGUAUAUUGUAUACAUUAAUUUAUAGUAUACUUUACAAUUAUGCGAACGUUGCAUUAUCUGUCUGUUUGUUCUACACAGGCCAAAUGUAUUAUUAUAUCCGAUGGAAUAUUACAUUCGAAAAUAUGUAUGCAUAUGUAUAUGUAUAUAUUAAGAAGAGAAAUAUAUAUGUAUACAUAUAGAAUGAUUA